AGUGAAUUAAUAAGUCAAAUAGGUUGCUUUUUUUUUUUUUUUACAUUACAAUGCUCAUUAUUUCCUGAAUUUGUUGUAUGGACAAUGGAUGUGUUUGUAUAGUGGUCAUGUUUCGCACAAAAAUACUUCAAAACUCAGUUGAAUCUCUCUGGCAACUCGGCAAGCUAUUCAGUAUGCCUUAGUAUGGAUACACCAUGUACAACUGCAGCAGCUCUGCAGCGGCCAAGCGUGUUGGUGCCGAAACAAGAGGAGCCAAUUGCCACCGCGGUCGAUUCCAAGUAUGCCAAUCUCGAUAACAAGGUUUUAGAGACGGUGAAAGAGCUCCAUGUGCAACUCGAAAUCCUCCUGAAGACCAUUCCAUUGGAUGAGAGUAGGAUUCAGACGACCCUGGACACAAUAGUUUCACAGAAUUGUCCUCUUCCGGCCAAAUUUUCACGGAUCGACGUGUCUGAUCUCCUGAAGAAGAACAAGAAUAUCAGAGGAGAGGAAAGUUUGAAGAUUCUUGUGUCGGCUCUAGGUCUGCUGGAGAAGUACGGACGGAACUUGCUGAGACCCAAACGCCCCACGCUAUGGAAGUGUAUCUUCUUUGCGAAUAGUGUCUUUCGGACGAGGGUGGACAUUAUAAAGGGUGCCAGACACAUAUUGCAGCUUAUGGGAUACUCAGAAGUGGUCGAGGAUGGUUUGAGCUUUCCUACCGAUUCAGAAUCUGCCGACCCGGACGUCGUUGCCAACAUAACCGCCGACCUCGCGAUCGCCAAGACGGAGAUCGACAUGUACCAUCUGAAGCAGCACCCUUACCCCUACCGCAUCAAGGACUGCCUCGACGGCACCAUGACCAUGAUCCAGAUCCCGGGCGACUCGCCCUCGGGCACUCCAAAGUCGUUCUUUGUGCGUCGCCCGGAAGAGGGGCGGGCGACCAUCUACGAGAAUGUCCCCAACCAGUCUCAGCCGUUCCCAACACGGAAUCCACCAAACAACAUCCAGUUGAAGCAAUCUCAAGCGCCGGUCAUCGCGAGUAAACCCCAGCAUUACGCAUUCUCGGAGAAUGUCUUCUCAAACAAUGAUGGGAUCGUCAGUAAGAUCGGGAAUCUUGCUUCUAAGGGCAGCCAGGUGCCCGGUAAUAAAGGCUUUGGGUACUUCGCCCAGAAUCCAGAGUGCGUUGUAACAGUUAAGGACUCGACGCAGGAGAUCAAUCCGCAGCCUGCUAAGCAGACAAGUGCUGUGGUUCAUGUCAGGGGUCAGGCUGAUCAGAUGAAGGCCACCGACUCAGAGGAGACUGAGUGUGUCAUGUGCGGAAAGAAGACAGCCAACAUGCAGUGCCCCACAUGUCCCGGCCUACGCUGUGAGUCAUGCGACAGACAGUGGCACAUCCACCCCAGCCGGCGAUCCCACCAGCGCAAUCAAAUAGAAGCAAGUCCCGUACCUGUGUCAUUUCCCCCGAUCAUCUUCUGCAACGUCUGCGGCACGGAGCCGGCCACAGUGCUGUGCAACAACUGCAGCAGUAGCUUCUGCGGGCAGCACGACGUGUUGUUCCACAAUCAUCCCCAGCGUGGGAAUCAUGUCAGACAGCUGUUGAGUAUCGAGCCACAGAUUCCCACGGCGGAGAGCCCACCACCUAAGAAUAUAGUGCUGUCACCUGUAGACACUCCGCUGUCACAAUCGACGCAAGAUUCUUCGAGGACCCCAGAGUCAAGCUCCCGCUCUGGAAGUACUAAAAAAAGACCAGUUCCUGCUCCGAGAACCUCUGUGAAAAAGUCAAAUAAAAGUGAUUCAUCACAGCCAAAUUUGAGUCCAGUCGAGGGCUCCAAAUUUGAUGACGAUGUGUUCAAUGGGCAAGCAAAGCCAGCCUAUGCUGAUCUCAAGGUCCAAGCCAGGGAAAUCACCAGGACACAAUCAGAUACGAUGCCCAUCAAGACCAAGACAGCGCCUUCUUCCAACCCGGAGCCUUUUUACUCCCUCCCAGCAAACACUAACAAUGUCACAGCCCUGUUGGAAAAUGUGGUGAAGAGGGACAUUGCAGUCCUCCAGAAGAUCCGCGGACUCCGAUCUGCCAUCACCACGGAAGGCUUGGCGGUAGAGGGCUCGCUGAAGGCUGAGGAGAGACACCUGCUGGCAGAACACACAUUGCUUCUGAAGAAGCAGAAAGAGUUGGAGGAAUCCAUGAAGGGGUUGGGCUUGAGUAGCAGCACAGAAGAGGUCGAGGUGGUGAGGAAGGACCCAGUGGCCAGUAAAGAAUCCCACGUCAAACCCUCGCCUAGAUCGGUCGCUCAAGACGUCAUUCCAACUACCCCGGUUAAGACAGUUGGUGCUGCGGUAAACCUGGACGAGGUGUCCCGCCAGACUGUUCAAAAGACCCAAGCAGUGCCUACUCCUACGAGACGUAGAUCCACAUCUCCACCGGUGCCUCAGAAGCCUAACUUUGCUUCAAAGUCUCAACAUGCUGAACAGAGGCAUAGCCCUGCAGAUAGCACCCCCUUAGAGGCACAGUCAGGGUCAGUAUCAACACCUUCUGCUGACGUUUACAAACCCCCGCAGGUUUCUCCGCGCCCACAACUCUCUGCCACCGGCCCGGGACGAGUACAGCAACUCGCCACUAACAUAAGGCUGACUACCCCAGCUGGCAACAACAACUCUGUCCGACUCGAGGCAUGGUUUUGCCCCCAGUGUGGCGACCACAACACAUCGCUACAAUGCCUACGCUGCAAAACUCAGAUGCCUCUAAGCAGCAACACAGGACCAUCCGUAGCAGCGUUAGGUCAGCAACUCGGAUCGGCCAUUCCAGUAGGGGUGCCUCAAACCUUAGCAAAGCCUUCUGUGAAAAUGCAACGCGAUGUGCAACCUCCUCAAGGAUGGGUUGAUAGUCAGAUUGGAGAUAGUCAACAGUCAACAGCAGGUGCUACUGUAGGUGCUGCAGCUACUGCUGGUGACAAACCACAGCCAUUGCAUAAUUUCUUUCUUCUCCAACAGCUUGAUGAGAUUGCUGUUGAGAAGCAGAGAGCAAAAGAAGAAGAUGAGAGGAAUCAAGCCAGAGAGAAAGAAGAAGUCAUCAUGACGCAGACGGGUCUCUUUAUAACACCGCGAUCAAGGAAACUGAGAACGAUGGUCAGCCCAGAUCCACCUGCAGCAGGUCCCACCAAAAAACAACCGAUUCUCAACCAAGUAGCAGCAGCUGGGUUAGCACAAGUCAUACGGACGGAAGAUAGGAGAAGACUUGAUGAGCAAUGGGCUCAGAGUCUGGCUUAUAUUAAACUACUACAGGAUGCAGAGGACUGUGGGUUUCUACCAGAGGACGUCAUGGUGGCAACAGAGUCUAUAAACAGGACCGGCGGCCAACAGGGCCAGGAACUCCAAUGGCUACAGAGUAACUGGGAAGAUUACAUCUACACCGUUGUAGCUAUGUCCACCAAUCAUCUGAAGAAUGAGGUCGGCCAGAGCGUAGGGGUGGUGACUAGCCAAGAGGCCAUGAUGGCCCUGAGGAAACAUUACGGGUGUGUUGAGAAGGCAGUGGAGGAGUGUGUCGGUGCUGUUCAAAGAAGGGUCUUGAGUCUAGUGGACCUGGGGUUCGAUUAUCAGCGUGUCUACGAAUCCCUGGCCGAUGUUGAAGGCAAGACGGACGAUGCUUUGAUUCGACUCAACAAAGGGCUGGCGAAGGGCUUUGCCGAUCGUAUCUGGCAAGAAGACAACGAAGACCUUGAUACUCAAGAAAGGGUGAUUUUAAACCACGGGGCGGAGGAUCGACUAGUAACGGUCAAUAGGCGCCUUCGUCUCCUUCUAGCGGACUACGAACUUCCCAGCUGGGGUCGCGCUGAAACCGCGGCCCGAUUGAUCGAUACAAGAAAGUACGCGACGGAGGACGCUAUCAUCGCUGCUCGGGAGUGUGGAGACUUCCAGAGAGCUACCCAGUACUUGGAAAAGACAUGCUCGAUUUGCUACACGGAGUUUCCCAUGAAUAAGUUAAACACCUUGAUAAACUGUCAGUGCACGAUCUGCUUGGAGUGUCUCCAGAAUCACUUCACCGUAGUGGUUCGUGAUCGUAACAUCCUCAACGCCACCUGUCCAGCCUGCGACAUGCCGGACCUGAGAGAGGGUGAGGUCGACGCCAUGUCGGACUACUUUGGAUUCUUAGAUAUGCUGCUGAAAGGCUUUUUGGAUGAAGCCACGUACGGUUUGUUCCAGAAUAAACUGCUGAUGUGGAACCUCAUGAAGCAGGAUGACUUCAGAUGGUGUUCACAUUGUGGCAACGGCUUCAUCAACGAAGCCCCCGGUCGACGUAAAAUGCGUUGCCCAGAGUGCAACAAACUUACGUGUUUCCAGUGCAAGAAACCGUGGAUGGAUCAACAUGAGAACAUAACCUGUGAUGAAUUUCAAGCAUGGAAAGAGGCGAAUGAUCCCAACGCACAGCUCCAAGGGUUGGCCAUACACCUCAAGGAAAAUGGAAUCGAUUGUCCAAAAUGCAAGAUGAGGUAUGAGUUGGCAAAGGGCGGAUGUAUGCACUUCAAAUGUGGCAUGUGCACUCAUGAGUUUUGUAGCGGCUGCAAUGCUCCUUUCAAAAAGGAUUGCCGUAAGUUUUCAAAUUGUCUAGGUAAGGGCCUUCAUGCCCAUCAUCCCAGAGAUUGUCUCUUUUAUCUUCGAGACCUCGACAUCAACACACUCAAAAAACAUCUCAAGAAGCACAACAUUGACUACAAGCGAAACCAUCCCGCUAGUCAGGAAGCAGUGUGUACUGUCAUGGAGCAAAAAGAGGGGCCAGGAGGCCUGGCAGACGCCCUCUGUGGCCGGGAUACUGUCCGCUCUGGUCUUUGCGAGAUACACUACAAGGAGUACUUGGUCAGUAAGAUGAACCAGAAUCGCAUUGAUCCUGCCGAUGGGUUUAACAUAGAGGGUCUAUGCAUCAUUCUAUUUAGGAAUAACCUUCCUUCACCAGCCAGGGCAGAUAACGAACCUGAGGCUACCUACAGGGAGAGGAUGCUACAGGAGGUGAAAAGAAAUCUGCCUCUAGAAGAGAAGAAUCCAAGAGAUAGAAGUCAGUCGGUAAAUUGAAAUUAAUCUUUUGGAAAUACUUGAGUGUUUCAACCUAGAUGAAACCUGCAGGAGAUACUCCGUGAAAAUUUAUAUGAAAUCUUCCGGAGAUACUCAGUGAGUGUUGCAGCUUAGAUGAAAUCGGGAAAUUUUUGGAUUCUUUAACCAAUGUCCGCCUGACUGGUUUGAAAACAUAAAUACUGUUCCUGCCGAAGCCCAUGUAGCGCUCAUUUACUUGCAAAUGAUCAUACAAUUUCAGCAAACUGUACAUAGUUGUCUCUUAUGUGAUUAUGAAUUUUCCAACUGAUACCACUAGAAAUGUUAGUAUAAAGAAACACUUUGUUAUGGGUACUGUUUGCAUACGAGUUUCCCUGUACCUAAGCGAUUUAUGUUUCUUAAGAAAAUCCCAUAGAUUAAGGCUGAAAGGUUUGGUUUUUCACCAUCAUGUUGACGCACCAAUAUUUUUCCCAGCUAGAAUUCGGGUGCUGUUCAUAAUAUUGUAUUUUCUUGUCUCAUUGCAUUACCACAUUUUCCACUACGGAGCAUGCACGGACUAUCCAAUCAAGCAAAAAGCUUUUGUUUCACCCACACAAAGCAAACAGGUAGUAGUCAAAGCAUGGCGGUAGAAACCUCCAUGGUCCAAGCAAGCAAUGCUGGAACUCUGCCAAUGUGUUGGUCAACUCUGUAAUCCCCAAUUACAGGCCUUUGUCCUACUGAUUGAAAGAGAGGGAUUACAGACCUUUGUCCUACUGAUUGAAAGAAAGGGAUUACAGGCCUUUGUCCUACUGAUUGAAAGAAAGGGAUAACGGGGCUUCUAGGGGUUUCAGGGGCCAAUUUCACAAAGAUCUAAGAUUGAUCUAACUGCAAAUCAAUUGUAGUUGCAAAGUGAAGUGUGAUGUCACAAUACAAAUCACUAUGGUAAUACUGAAAAUGUGUCUUGCAAUAAACUGUAGUUGUAUUCAAUUUAUUAGUUAAACAAAUGCGCUGGGGGCUUGACAAAAGGCCAUGAAUUGAACGCCCUUUUCUGCAGUCAUUUCAAGCUAUCUGAGGGCCCAAAUUCAAAGAGCUGUCUAAAACACAAGAAGUCUCCGUAGCUAUGAAACACAACAUACUUACUUAUAAAAACAUAAGGUUAUAUAUGUUUUCUCGGUCAAUUUCGGAAAAUGAGCAGCUAAUUUAACCACCAGCUUAUUAUACGCAGUACUUACCAGAGCUCUGUAAAAAAAAAUUUACAGGCAUAUUUCCCGGGUGGGUUUUGAACCCACGACCUUUGCAAUUCUAGAGCAGUGUCUAUUCAAACUUGCCAAUCGAGAAUAAGGUUACCAGCCAGAAUACUGUGUCAAAUGUACCAUAACUGGACUGGUACCCUGCUCGUUUUUUGCUUAGCAGAAAUUUCUCAAGCAAUUUUCUCUGAAUUGGAUCCUGCUCAUAUUCAAAAAUUGAUUGGCCAUAUCAAUGUAGUCAGACAUUUUGCGGUUAAAGGCAGUGGACUCUAUUGGUAAAUUCUCAAAAUAAUUAUCACCAUAAAACCUCACUCGGUAACGAGUAAU